AUGUCCGUUUGCCGGAUUUCGUACGCCAUUUGGCUUGCACUUUGUUACUUUGUGUCUCAUUCGAAUGCUAUUCUCCGUACAUACAACUUGACGGUGCAUAAUGACGUUAAAGCUCCGGAUGGUGUCAGCCGCGAAGUCUUUCUAAUCAAUGGUCAGCUACCGGGGCCCCUAAUCGAGGCAGACGAAGGCGACGAUCUGGAAAUCUUUGUCAAGAAUGACCUCCCCGUUGAUACUUCUCUUCACUGGCACGGGAUUUUGCAAAGGGGUAGUCCCGAUAUGGAUGGAGUGCCUGGUGUCACGCAGUAUCCCAUACCUCCUGGCGGUAACUUCACCUACAGAUUCUCGAUCAAAGAUCAGUAUGGCUUCUUCUGGUAUCAUUCCCACGUUAGAGCAUACUACAAUGACGGCAUAAGAGGGCCACUCUUGAUACGACCAUCUCCCCAAAGACUGCGGCCAUUUGAAAAGCUUGCUCAUAGCCCACACGAGCGUGAUAUCAUUCUGCAGACGGAGAGGGACGCUACAUCCAUUCUUUUGAGUGACUGGACACAUGAACUUUCGGACACCAUUUACGCUCGAUACUUUGAGACAGGCGCUUUUCCAAAUUGUGUCGACAGCAUCCUUGCCAAUGGAUUCGGGAGGGUUGAGUGUUUACCGGAGUAUAUGCUCCAGGCAGGACCCAAUAUGGGAUAUGAAGAUAUGAACCAGCGUUCUUCAUCAAUGAUGGCAAUGUCAAUGGCGAAACGAAUGGACAUGGACAUGGACAUGAGCACGGACGCAUCCGCCACAUCUUCUCAGAUGUCAACAGGUACGAUGGCUAUGGAUACGACCGUGGGUAUGACUAUGUCUAGCACUUCUAUGUCCGCAAUGCCGAUGUCAGCUACAAUGACGAUGUCGGACAUGUCACCGUCCAUGACUUCAUUGAGUCCCCGUGGCUGUAUGCCGCCAAUGAUGUUUAGGCAAGGGUACAAUGCCAGUUCACUCCCACCUGAGACCUGCACCAAUACUUCGUCGUCCUUGCUCACCAUCCCUGCGGAUCACACGAGUGGUUGGCUCGCGCUGAAUCUGGUCAACUCCGGUGCAGUCAGCAAGUUACAUGUCUCUCUGGAUGCACACUCUAUGUUUGUCUAUGCUGCCGACGGAUUGUAUGUGGAAAUACAGGAGGUGAAGGUCCUGGAAAUAGAGAUCGGCCAACGGUACUCAGUGAUGAUUCGACUUGAUCAGAAACCGGGGAAUUACUAUCUCAGAUUCGCAUCAUACCCCAAUGGUGACAUGCAACAAGUGCUUGAAGGGCAAGCUAUUGUGUCCUAUAACAUGAGCAUGAUGAGCAGCAGAACCCCAAUGAACGUCACGGUCGAUCCCUCAACCAUUUGGAUGUUGACCAACGGAUCAGCCAAACCUGAUACCAGCGUACUUAAUCCUCAGUUGCUUUCUCCCUUCGCGCCUGUCAACCCUCCCUCAUCACCAGCAGAUCAGACAUACACUUUCACAAUUAACCAGACCGACAUUGUGACAUGGGUAGUGAAUGACGCCUCAUACUCUGAGCCAAAAAUACCAAUCAUCCAGGGCAACGUAUCAGACGGUUGGCAGGCGAAUACAACCAUCCAUGUGCCGUCUAACUCAACGAUUGAUAUUAUUAUGAGAAUUGCAAAUGAUUCGAUGGAUACGAUGAGCCAUCCCAUGCACCUACACGGCCACACUUUCUGGGUGCUUGGGUCCGGUACCGGCUCUUUCCCGUAUGAUUCCGCGACGGACGCCCCAGAAUCCCUAAUAAAUCUUCGAAAUCCUCCUUAUCGUGACACAACUAAUCUUCCUCCGUCAGGAUGGGCCGUGAUCCGAUAUGUUUCGGAUAAUCCCGGCGCGUGGAUCUUUCACUGCCAUAUCCAGUGGCACAUGGUGAGCGGCAUGGCACUUGUCCUUGUUGAAGGGCAGGAUCAAUUUCCCGCCCUGAUUGGUCAGUCUAAUGGUACCACUACUGCUACGUCAGUGGCGCCGAUGCGUCAUAUCAGCUCUCGUCAAACUGCUUUGACUGCUGCGGCUCUCAGUCUCAUGAUGUUGUGA